UACAUUUCUUUUUCUGUUUGUUUGUGUAGAAUUUUGUCAUCCAGUUAAAGAGAAUUGUGAUCUUGAGUGUAACAAUGGACGUGCAACUGAUCAACAAGGAUGUGAAAUCUGCGGUUGCAAAUCAGUUUCUGUUGAGGAGUGUCCAGAAGAGGUGACCAGUGCAACAUGUCCACUCACUUGCCCAUUUGGUCUGGCUACUGACAAUGACGGCUGUGAAGUAUGUAGGUGCAAGGUACCAGCGUCCAUCAUCGCAGCCAAUGUAGCAUUGACGAUGGGACUUGAAACACUUGGCUCCCUGAUCAGGCCUCUCUACUGGAUCCCUACAGUGAAGUGCCCCACCCUAGCUGCCUGCAGUCUGUCAUGUGACCAAGGUUAUGCCACCAAUGCAGAGGGCUGCACAGUCUGUCGCUGUGUCGCACAUGAAUCAUCAUGCUCGCCAUCCUUCACCUCAAGCCAGUGUCCAAUAAUGGAUCUUUGUCCAUACGGCCUAGCAACUAGUGAAAUUGGCUGUCUUAUCUGCAAAUGCAGGCGGCCAACUCCUUGCCCUGCGACUGUGCCUAUUUUCUGCCGUAACCCUUGCCCACAUGGCUUUGCUUCAAACACGUUCGGAUGUCCGAAUAUUGCUUCAUGUGAUUGCAUAACACCAGCAAAUAGUGCAUUGUGUCAUCCAGAAGUCAUACAGAACUGUAAGCGACAUUGUUUCCAUGGCUAUGCAACAGAUAGCGAUGGCUGUGAGAUCUGUAGAUGUCGAAUGCCUUUUACCCUGGGGGCGUUCUUCUCGAUUGCUGCUCCGGUGUUCAACGUGUUCUGGCAGGAGACCAACCAUCCUCACAUGCCAUAUGCUGAAACUUCGUUGGUCCCAGCCUCCCCCUGUCCCUUGGUAGACAGCAGAACAUGCCAGGAAGACUGCCCCAAUGGGCUGGCUACGGACAUGGGAGGUUGCCCUCUAUGUAGAUGCAAAACACUGGCAGAGCUCUGUCCAAGGGUAGACCCAGUGAUUUGCCCUCAGGUGAAUGCUUGCCCAUAUGGGCUUGCCACUGGACCAACAGGUUGCGACAUCUGCAUAUGCAAAGAUAAAGUAUCUUGUGAGCCUGUCAACCACCUGACCUGCUCAACUUCAUGUCCUCACGGUCAUGCUACGGACGAAAAUGGAUGCGAGAUCUGUCAACGGUGUUUAAAGCAUGCUGGAGAUUGUCCACCAGUGAUUGACUGUGAGAAACACUGUUCAUAUGGCUAUGCAUCAAAUGACGAAGGCUGUCCUGUAUGCAAGUGUAAACAAGCAGCCAGUCAUUUCCCGCUGAGGAGCACCCUGCAUUCAGAACUCUUUGACACCUAUAUGACUACAAGAUGCUCUGCUGUGUCAUGUGACCUCCACUGUCACCAUGGCUACCAAUUAGAUGCCAGGGGGUGUGGCCUGUGUGAAUGCAUACCAGGUAAGUAACAGAUACUUGUGUAAUU